GACAAGCACACAGUUUUUGAUUAGACUCCAAAAUUUUCUAUCUUCCCCAGCAAUGAGCGAUAAUGAGGAUGGUGAGGAGCGGAAGGCAUCGACCUUCGAGUCGAUUAUAGACAACAUGUUCAGCCGGUUGCGGAUCAUCGCAGUGGACGUGGAGAAAUUACAGAAGGCCAAGGAGAAGUUAAAUAUUAUGCAACGGCGGAACACCUUCUACCAUCUUCUAGGCCAAGAGGAAGAAGUCAGCAUGAACCGUGGAAGCGAGAUGGCGAUUCUUCGAUCCAAGUAUUCCUUACAUUCGGGUUUCAAUCAGAAUUGCAGCUCGGCCUCGGAGGAGGAACUCGACUUCGAGGAGUUAAGCGAGGAUCCGUGCAACAUAUCUUUCGAGGAGGAUCGCUGGCACGGUUUCUUCAAAGACUUUCAGAUCCUGACCACCCCAGUCGGCACCGAUCCCAACGAGAACCGCAAGUGUGUGGAACUGACUUCGAUGACGAACUGCGAUCUCGAGAUCAAACACCAUCUAUUGGGCGGAGUCCGCUGCUUUAUGGUCAACCUUUUCGAGGGCACUCAGCAUGACAACCAGAGCCUGAUCGUAAAGCUGCGAGAGGCGGAGAUCAGUGUUUCAAAGGAGUUGGGUUUUCCCGUGACGUCUUCAGUGAUGGUGAAGAUAUCGCCGCGCCACCAGUUCACUGGCGGAUUCAGCACUCAGUUCCGCCAGGAGGGCAAGAAGUGCGUUGAACUUGUGCAGGGCCAGAAGGUAAUCCUGACCGUGGAUCGGCAGUACUCGGAUCGGAGCAACGCUGAUGUUAUAUAUGUGAAUGCCCGCUUUUUGAUCGUUGAUGUACACCCCUUGGACUUUAUUUUGAUUGGCGAGGACAUUCAACUGAUGGUGCGGAGCAUCCACGCGGACCACCUCAAGGGCUGUGUGGCCAGGGGAGGCAUGCUGUAUGCCCACAUGCCUGUCUUAUUCCCGGCGAGGUGUCGUCGUUUCCGGAUCUCGUACGAGGAGCUAGAGGACCUUACCUUCGCCCGAGAGGUUGGCCUGAAUGUGGUAGUAUCCCAUAUCGUGGGGACCCCAAAGUACGUGGACAACUUGGAGCACGCGAUGUCCGCUAUGCACUGCGAUGGCAUGAGACUGUACGCUAGAGUGGUGCUCAACGAGGUCCAGGGCUGCAAAGGGGAGCUGAACUGGGCGAUCAAACGCUACGACGGGUUCUUGGUGGAACUGGCGGAGCCGGCCACUGUUCCGGACAUAAUGCACCUGUGCCCCGACGCCGAGUGCUUUAUGCAGUUGACAUACGCUGCGAAGAAACCCAUUAUCUUUGAUCCGCGGCUUUUGGAUGAGCAAAAGCUUAGGGUGGACCCCGCGCACUACUAUUACACGUUCUAUUAUCCGGACAAGUACGUGACCACGUGCCCGCAGCCGAAAGGUACAAUCUACUUCCGCUUACUGCAAUCCGCCAUCUUCGAGCAGAUCAGCCCAACGGCACUGGCCAAUACUCCAUACUGCGACCGAUCUCACACUGGAGCGGAUAGCUUGGCGCGUUCCGUGGUAACUGCCUCCAUUGAAGUCCAUGCGGUGGCCAUCGUCGUGAUCGGAGUCACCACGCGGAUGGUGCAAAAGAUCUCCCACUUUCGGCCCCACGCCCCCAUUCUCUUCGUUAGCCACAUGCGCUCCGCCGAGGAUUACGUUUCCAUUUACCACAACGUGACCAUGCUUCCAUUCCGCACCAAGUGCAUUAUUGCACAUAGGCGGAACGUCUUCCUUAAGGCCAUAUACGCGUUGGCCUAUUUGGUGAAGCGAAAGAUCGCCAAGCAGAACGAUCAGGUGAUCCUGGUGUACAAUUACGAGGAUGGCACAAAGUUUCCUGAAAAGUACAUCGUGUACAAGCUGGACAGAACUAACUUUGCGUCGCACAUGGCGGAAAUCCUGUUCCCUGUGGACCAGGACCAGAUGCAGACCCUCAAGGAAAUAGAAAAGACUUAGUUCCCAAGUGUGUGUAGAUAGUUUAUUUGCUUUGGUGAGUAAUUGGAAUGUUAACGCGUUGGCCUAGAAUAUACAAAACAGAUACAGAUAAAUACAUACAUAAAUAUAUAGAUACACAUUUCUACGCUG